AAAAUGAGCAACGGUUGGGAGCGUAUACGUCUACGAGUCGAGACCAAGGAGAGCCUUAAAUCUGGAAACAUGGAUGAUACACGAACAAUAUCCUGCCAUAUAUUAGACACUGCUGUGGGUAAAGCUGCUGCCGGUGUCCCCUUAGUGCUAUAUCGUCAAUUGCCCAAUGACCAGUGGCAAGAGAUGGGCCAGGCCACCACCAACGAAGAUGGCCGUGUUAGUCAAUUGCUGGGCUAUGCCGACUUUCAAAGUGGAAUUUAUAAACUGCGAUUUAAUAUACAGCCCUAUUUUGAGGCCAAGAAAACCCCAAGUUUUUAUCCCUACAUUGAGAUUGUGGUAAAAUGCGAAAGAGGACAACAUUAUCAUAUUCCAUUGUUAUUGUCCCCAUUUGGUUAUACCACAUAUAGGGGAACUUAAUAAAGUGUAUUGUUGUGAAAAGUUAAAAGAA